AUGGACGACGACCUUGCCAGGGCGCGGGCGAAUGGCUGCCCAUGGGACCCAUACACGUGUUCCAAUACAGCGCUGGGCGGGCACCUGGAGCUGCUCCAGUGGGCGCGGGCAAAUGGCUGCCCGUGGCAGGGGUGGACGACUGCCAACGCCGCGUUUGAGGGCCACCUCGAGGUGCUCCAGUGGGCGCGGGCCAAUGGCUGCCCAUGGGACCACCUGGUGCUGGUCUCUGCAGCGGAGCAGGGCCAUCGGCAUGUGAUCGACUGGGCCAUCAGCAAUGUCUGCCCUGCAGAAUGGUGUACUGGGACUUUGUCGGUGCUGGAGUUGGAUGUCAACAACAAAUUGACCUAG